CCCCCAAACAAUGCUUCGUACCGGCUUGGUUUCCGCUCCCACUGCUGCUGCUCGCCUCUUCUCGUCGGCGUCUGCGCGCUUUGCGUCAACGCUCGUGAUUGCCGAGCACGACGGCGCCGUUCUCGCCGCUGGCACCCUCAACACAAUCACCGCGGCCUCCAAGCUUGGCGGCAACAUUACCGUGCUCGUCGCCGGCGCAUCGCCCAAGGCGGUUGCCGACACGGUCAGCAAGGUGAAGGGUGUCUCCAAGGUCGUUGCCGUCGAGCACGCUGGCCUCAAGGGCCUGCUGACUGAGGCCGUCACCCCCGUUGUGAUUGCUGCGCACAAGAAGACCCCCUUCACGCACAUUGUUGCCCCUGCCACGACCUUUGGCAAGACCAUCAUCCCCAACAUUGCUGGCAAGCUCGAUGUCGCGCCCAUCUCGGAUAUCAUUGGCGUCAAGUCCGAGGACACGUUUGUCCGAACCCUGUACGCCGGUAACGCGAUUGCCACCGUCCAGUCAACGGAUGCUGUCAAGGUGGUGUCUGUCCGCACGACCGCGUUCGAGCCUGCUGCCGCUACCGGUGGCUCGGCUGCUGUCGAGUCCUCUUCCGACGGCGCUGUCGAUCAGACCCAGUCCGUCUUUGUCGGACAGGAGCUCGUGAAGAGCGAUCGCCCUGAGCUCGCUGCCGCCCAGGUUAUUGUUUCUGGUGGCCGUGCGCUCAAGAGCAAGGAGAACUUUAAGAUUCUGUACGAUUUCGCCGACAAGAUUGGCGCCGCCGUCGGUGCCACUCGUGCUGCCGUCGAGGCUGGCUACGUGUCCAACGACCUCCAGAUCGGCCAGACUGGCAAGAUUGUUGCCCCUACACUCUACAUGGCCAUCGGCAUUUCCGGCGCCAUCCAGCAUCUUGCUGGCAUGAAGGACAGCAAGACCAUUGUUGCCAUUAACAAGGACCCCGAGGCUCCGAUUUUCCAAGUCGCUGACUUUGGUCUUGUCGAGGACUUGUUCAAGGCCGUCCCCGAGCUCUCCUCGAAGGUGAAGGCCAAGUAAAUCUGUUGUAUGGACUUUUCUGUUUUUUUGUAAUGGUUUUUUCUGCUUCUUUUCAACACAAAAAAAAAAAAAAAAAAUCGUUGGCCUGCGAGUGUCGCUCUGCUUUUGCAUUUUGACAUUGUGUCAUCCUGGUCUUGUUCAAACCAAAUGUAACAUUCUACUUUCCUGCGGAUGGGAGUAC